UCCUUUCUGCUAAAUGAAAAGCUUUGAUUUCACAGGAUGUGGGUAUUGUUUCUGAGUGUUAUUAUCUCAAUACUGUUGCCUUCCUUCUCUGCCAUUGACUGUAAAAUGAGCGCUUCUGUCACAACAGAUAUGGAAGUGAAGCUGAAAGCACUUGAGUGUCACUUUACAUGGGGAAUAGAAAAGGAUGACAUCAAGGACCGGGACAGCCUCCCUGAAAAACUCCUGUAUCGCAUCAUGAAGUUCAGCAGUCCGAACCAUGCCACAUAUUUCAACUUACUAGCCUUUCUGAGCCACCUGGAGGAAAACAAUGUUAGUGCUCUUGAGUAUCUCCACAAGGCUGAGAGUGCAUUGAAGAAUAGACAGGAUGAUACAGAGUUACUGGUAACCUAUGCUAACUUUGCAUGGGUUCACUAUCACUCAGGGAACAUGAAUGAUGUGGAUGCCUACAUUGGAAAGCUGGAAAACAUCAAUAAGGGUGUUACGACUGCUAUUCAAGGCAGCUUACCUUCAAUACAUGGUGAGAAGGCUUUGAGUUUUCUAAGGCUUGGGGGGCUAUUUUAUUUGGGGGCAAAGGAGAGCUUUCAGAAAGCUCUUAAGGAAGAACCAGACAAUGCAUCCUUCAACGUGGGCUAUGCCAUGGUCCUGUACAGGUUGGAGGGAUUAGCCAUGGAUGGAACAGAGAGGUUGGCGCAUACUGAAGGUGCUACUCAGCUAAGGAAAGCCUUAUCCUUAGAGCCCGAUAACACUGAAAUCAUGGUCCUACUAGCUGUGCAGCUUCAAAACCAAAGUCGACAUGAGUCCAUGAAACUCAUCAAAGAGGCCCUCAGACUGUCUCCUGACGUGCCUCACGUCACAUAUUACUUGGCCGAGUAUUUCAGGCAUGCGGACAUCAAUGAGACCCUGGAGGUUUUGGAGGAAGCUGUCGAACUGUCUGUAAACUCCCCCUUCAUGCAUUACCAAAUCGGCCUGUGUCACAAACAGCAGUUCCACCAGAUGUCUGAGCAGAAGAGGGAAGGGAGUUGGAUCAAAGCACGCCAGAUAAAAGAGAAGAGAGAGCUCUGCAUCCAUCACUUCUCCAGAGCUGUGGAACUGAAGCCAUCCAGCAUCCAAUUCAGAUUGAACCUGGCUGAGGCUUACGGAGCCAACUACCAGCUGGAGGAGGCGAUGAAAAUCUUCACCAACCUGCUGAAAGAUGAGUCCCUUAGUGACUCAGACAAGCAGCAAUGCCACUCCUGUUUCGGACGGUUUCUGUACUACGCUAAGAAAGACGUGUAUGGUGCUGUGACCCAGUUCAAAAAGGGCUACCAGAUUCCGAUUGAGAGUUGGCACAGGAAUAAGGCUAGGAAGAUACUGAUGCAGAUAGCAGAGUGGUGUCAGACUAAAAAGAAGACAGUUGGUGAUGCCUCUGAGAUUUUGGAAUUCCUCACCACUGAAGACAAAAAAGGCAGAAAUGCUGAAGAGCCAAGGAGAGUCGAGGUGCACUCUUCAGACACAGAUGACCUUACAGAUGCCCUAGGCAAAGGAAUGAAACUGAUAUGAUAUAGGGGACACCGGUGAUGGUUGACACAGUGCUAAUUACUCCCAAUUGAAAUGGUGCUGUGUAAUAAUUGGAAGGUUAAAAUGUAUGAAUUUGAAAGAACUCAUCCACCUGGUCAAUUUAUGUCAACAUGACAAAACAUUGUGGUGAGAUGAAUGUGUUUUUCAUAGGUAAAAGUCAAGCCAUGUGGUAACUAACAUCUUAAUUAGCAUUGGGGGGUGGUGUAGUUGGGGAUGGUUGUCACAUGGAAUACAGGGUUGGUUGUCACUUUCAAUAUUGCCACCCCCGGUAUACAAUAAAUUGCAAGCUAUUUUGUUCUUGUGAUAUAAAGAGCUCCCUUCGUUGCUUUUCUCUCAAACACACAUGUUUUCUGUCACACACCCACACACCCACACACGCAUAUUUUUUUAUUUUUACCUUUAUUUUACUAGGCAAGUCAGUUAAGAACAAAUUCUUAUUUACAAUGACAGCCUAGGAACAGUGGGUUAACUGCCUGUUCAGGGGCAGAACGACAGAUUGUACCUUGUCAGCUCGGGGGUUUGAACUUGCAACCUUCCGGUUACUAGUCCAACGCUCUAACCACUAGGCUACCCUGCCGUCCCAAGCAAGCACACACACACACACACACACACACAAAUUCACUGAAAAUGACGCGUGUUAUCCUCACGGCAUAAAAUGCUGAAUUUUGUUAGAAAUAUUGUUCGAUCAAGUAAAGGAAUAAGCUACAAGCAAAUAUUGUGACAACCAACCCCAUACUGUGUGACAUCCAAACCCGCAAUGUGACUGGUUGUCACAAGUGGACAGAGUGUGUUUGAUGGCUUUUAACUCCAUGUUGGGAUAAGAUAAGAGGAUAAAAAAAGGUCCCCAUUUCAACCCUUGACCUUGGUCUUUCUCCUAACAUCGAAAAGAGUCUUGUAAGAUAUACUGGUGCUGAGAAAUACACAUAUUGUUACACAACACAUGGCUUAUUGGAGUACUGCUACAUGCAUUUUAAAUGGUUUUAAUCAUAAAGUGUAACAGUAACUUCAAGUUGCGUGCAUUUUUCUUAUGUUCGAUUUUUUUGUGUUAAAUUGCAACAUUUAUCUUUUUGAAUUAGAAUGUAUUACUUUAGGAAAACAUGUUUUUAUGUAUUUGGAUGUGUCACCUUUCAGGUAGUUGAUUAGAUAUCUUCACCGACCGUUCAACUGUUGUUGCUCUUGUAACUGGCAUUAACAUUGUGAAAGAGAUAAUAAAACAUACUGCCAUAAACUUGA